CAGGUCACACAAAGUGUGUGUAAGCAUUUUUGUUCAUAGAUGUGGUAUUUUCUGUGAGCAAGAUGGCCAACAUAUAUACACUAAGGGAUUUUUUCUUUGGGCAGUGGUCUUCCAUGGUAAGACUUGAUGGCAAAACGGUUAUUAUUACUGGAGCCAACACUGGCAUUGGCAAAGAAACAACAAGAGAUUUAGCUAAAAGAGGGGCCAGGAUCAUCAUGGCAUGCAGAGAUAUCAUCAAAGCUGGAGAGGCGCAGAGAGAAAUUGUUGCAGAGUCAGGCAACCAAGACGUCAUUAUCAGGAAACUAGAUUUGGCAGACACCAAUUCAAUUCGAGAAUUUGCAGAAGAAAUAAAUAAUGAAGAGAAGCAGUUGCAUAUUCUUGUUAACAAUGCCGGAGUCAUGAUGUGCCCAUAUUCCAAGACAGCUAAUGGCUUUGAGAUGCAAUUUGGAGUCAAUCAUUUGGGACACUUCCUGCUAACCUUCCUGCUGAUUGAUUUGCUGAAACAGUCCGCCCCGUCGAGAAUCAUCAUCUUGUCCUCCAUGGCUCAUAGCUGGGGUACCAUCAAACUGGAUGACAUCAACAGUGAGAGGAGUUACCAUAGCAGGACGGCAUAUGGACAGAGCAAGCUGGCCAAUAUCCUCUGUACUCGAUCCCUGGCCAAAAGACUUGCAGACACAGGUGUGACAGUAUAUGCUGUCCACCCAGGCAUCGUUCGUACUAAACUAAAGCGACACAUGAACCUUGGGCUCCUUUGCAUGUGGAAAUUAGUCAGGCCCUUCACUAAGACCCCAGUACAAGGAGCUCAGACUUCAAUCUACUGCGCUUUGGAACCAGGCCUUGACUCAUACACUGGUGGCUAUUUCAGCAACUGUAGACCUUCAAGUUGCACCAGAGCUGCUAGAGAUGAUGAAAUGGCACAGAAGUUGUGGGACAUCAGUUGCCAAAUGCUUGGCAUUAACUGGAAAUAAAUGCAAAAGUAUUUAAGCAUACACACGCCAACCAUUUUAUUAGGAACACUUGUACAUCUGCUUAUGUCCAUUAUAACCACAGAUUCCCAUUCUUGGUUGAUAGAAGUGAAAUCCGAUGUGGAAAUCUGCUGCUGUAUCUAAUCCAUCUCAACAGUUACCAGUAGUUCUCUAUGCUGGGGUGCUUUUUUGCUCUUCACAGUUGUAAAGAGUAGGUACUGGUCUGACCCGUGGCAUAAAAAUGCCUUUUCACCAUGUUGAUUACUGUUUUUUUUGUAGACUUUUAUGUGUGAAAAUCCCAGAAGAUCAACAGUUGUCUACACUGCAUAAUUGUACUGUCA